AUGAAAGAAGCGCAUUCGUUGUCCGAGAUACUUCUCAAACGCUUGGACGAAACGACCGCGCACGAUUUGAGGAAGCUCAACGCGGUGCUCUUUCCGGUGAAGUACGCGGAAUCGUUUUACCGGGACUCCGCGGCGGCUGGGACGUGCACGGCAUUAGCGUACGCGAGAGGAGAAGGAGAUGAUGAAGAUGAAAAUGCAUUUAACGAGCUCGCCGGCGCCAUCGCCGUUCGAUUGGAAAAACAUCCAAAAUUACCAGACAAGGCAAGAAUGUACAUAAUGACGCUGGGCGUGUACGCGCCGCACCGCGCUCGAGGCAUCGGGUCGAGGUUAUUAAUGAACAGUUUAAACGAAGCGAGCGAAGAUGAGAACAUAGUGGACGCGUAUUUACACGUCCAAACGAACAACGAGGAGGCGAUUAAGUUUUAUUGCGACCCGACUGGGAAAUUCGCGUUCGAGAAAGGCGAGGUGAUUGAGAAGUAUUAUAAGAGGAUCGAACCGGAUAGCGCGGUCGUUUUACGGUUGGAGAUGAAGAAGUGGAAGAGGAAAGAAUUGGAGAAUGCGAGGUACAUGGAGUACCACGCGUGA